AGGGAAAGGGGCGUGUAUUCCUUUAAGGGGCAGGCCCGGCGGGAGCGCGGGGGUUUGCCCGCAGCCGCUUCCUUUCUGGCCGCUCCAGGUCCCCCGAUCCGCCUGUGUCCUCGGACCCGGAGAGCCCGCACCCCGCGAGCGCGCGGGCCGUCGAGGAGCCGCGGGGGACGGUGCGUUCCUCCCUCGGGGCUCCGGGGCUCCCGCGGCCCCCACGCGUCCGGGGCCGGGGCCGGGCGGCUGGGCUGUGAACACGCGCGCGGGGCGCUCGGGGCGCCAGGGAGGGCCGGGGCUAGAGAGGAGCCUGCAGCCAAGGAAUGUGCCUUUGACUGGAACUGAACCCCGGACCCUCUGGUCCACAGGCCGACGCUCUAUCCACCGAGCCAAACUGGCUAGGGCCCCAGCCUUGCCCAGGACACGCUGGCGCUGCCGCCAUGGGCCGCCUGCUGCUCUUGGUCCUGCUGCUCCCGCUGCCCUGCGUCCCCGGCCUGCCCUUCUACAACGGCUUCUACUACUCCAACAGUGCCCACGGCUGGGACCCGGGCCUCGGCGGAGGCCUCUUCAGCGGCGUGAAGCUGGUGGUGGAGACGCCCGAGGACGCCCUGCUGUCCCACCGGGGGGCCAACGUGACCCUGCCCUGCCGGUACCGCUACGAGCCGGCCCUGGCCUCCCACGGGCCCGUGCGCAUCAAGUGGUGGAAGCUGUCGGAGAACGGGGCCCCGGAGCAGGACGUGCUGGUGGCCGUCGGGCCCAGGCACCGCUCCUUCGGGGACUACCGGGGCCGCGUGCACCUGCGGCCCGAGGGGGAGCGGGACGUGUCGCUGGAGAUCCGGGACCUGCGGCUGGAGGACUCGGGGCGCUACCGCUGUGAGGUCAUCGACGGGCUGGAGGACGAGAGCGGUGUGGUGGAGCUGGAGCUGCGGGGUGUGGUGUUUCCCUACCAGUCCCCCCAGGGGCCCUACCAGCUCAACUUCCAGGAGGCGCAGCAGGCCUGCGAGGCCCAGGAGGCGGCCGUGGCCUCCUUCGAGCAGCUGUUCCGGGCCUGGGAGGAGGGCCUGCACUGGUGCAACGCGGGCUGGCUGCAGGACGCCUCGGUGCAGUACCCCAUCACGCUGGCCCGGGGGCCCUGCGGCGGCCUGGGCCUGGCGCCCGGCGUGCGCAGCUACGGGCCCCGUCACCGCCGCCUGCACCGCUAUGACGUGUUCUGCUUCGCCGCUGCCCUCAGGGGGCGGGUGUACUACCUGGAGCACCCCGAGAAGCUGACACUCUCAGAGGCCAAGGCGGCCUGCCGGGAAGACGGCGCCCAGAUCGCCAAGGUGGGCCAGCUCUUUGCCGCCUGGAAGUUCCGCGGCCUGGACCGCUGCGAUGCCGGCUGGCUGGCAGAUGGCAGCGCCCGCUACCCCGUGGCUCACCCACGCCCCACCUGCGGGCCCCUGGAGCCCGGGGUCCGGAGCUUCGGCUUCCCAGACCCGCAGAGCCGCAAGUAUGGCGUCUACUGUUACCGUCCUCCUCGCUAGAGCCGGCCACAGCUCUGUGCCUGCCUGGCCCUUCCCCCCAACCCCUCACGGCUGUAUUUACUAAAUGGAUCAUGUUCCCUAUUGCUUUUAUACUUCUCAACUUAAAUAAAAAAAAAUAUAUAUUUUUAUUGAUUUCAGAGAGGAAGAGAGAGAGAGAGAGAGAAACAUGAAUGAUGAGAGAAUCAUGGAUCGGCUGCCUCCUGCACGCCCCCUACUGGGGACCCAGCCUGCAACCCGGGCAUGUGCCCCGACCGGGAAUCGAACCAGUGACCUCCUGGUUCCUCGGUCAACACUCAACCAACUGAGCCACACUGGCUGGGCGCAACUUAAAUUAAAAAAAAAAAAAAAUUACUGUUUUUGUAAAGCCAACAGAUCCCCAAUCCUCCCUUUGCUCAGGUGGAUACCCCAAGGCUCCUGUACCCCUUUUCUCUGGGACAUUUGAGGUCCGUGGCUCAUGAGGACUCUGAUGCCCAGAGUGGGCAGUGACACGGGGACCAGGGCAUGGUGGCUGCCGCUCUCCCUCUGCCUCAGCCUGGGGGUUGGGGGGGGCACCCAGGGGCUCUGAGCUGGGCUUUGACCCUUGCAGCCUCCUGUCCCUGUGAGGGGCUAGGGCUGGACGGGGCCCCAGGCUCUUGAGUGAGGUCCCAGGGAAGGGAGCGAUGU